AAUUGUCUCUUUCCCACAGAUCAGAGCUAUCUUUCUUCUCCCAAAUUCUUAGAAAUGGCAUCCAAUCAGCCUUUGCCUAUAUCUGAGAUGGUAGUUUCACACAUUAAUCAUGAAACUAUCAUGCAAGAAAUUAUGGCUACUCAUAAUCCCGAUAAUAGUAAAGACUUUCAAGUCAAUUUUAUCUUUAAUUCUGUCAAAAACAUCCUUUGUCCUUUUAAGACUGUUGGAAAAUCCAUUCCUGAAGACGAGGAGUCCAAUGAAGAAUCUGAUGAGGAAGAAUAUGCUGAGGAGUCUGAUGAAGAGCUAUUUGACUACAAGGAUUCUGGUGAAGUUGACCCCAAUAAUGAGGAGCUUAAAGACAUGGAAAUUCCAUCUCAGAUAAAACGACUUUACUUUGAGACCUCAUUAAAGUGUCGGGAUAAUGCGGAUCAACACACAACUGUAAUAUACUUUAUGAAAAUGUUAUCUAUAUUUUCAUGGGAAGUCAAGAUUUUGAUGAUGCUGGCGGCAUUCUCCGUCAACUACGGAGAAUUUAGCUUUGUUAAUGGUCACAAGGGAUUGGGUACCAAGUUGGCAAAUGUCAAGGGAAUCCCUACUCCUAUGACGCCCUCUCAUGUCCAGUUUAUCAAAUCACUCUUGCAUCUCACUAAGUAUAUUCUUGAGCUCGCAAGAUCAUCCUCUUAUAGUUCAUCAUCAAUCAUACCAGUCUCUUGCUAUUGGAUUCUCACAAGUAUUCUUGCCUGCACAUCCUAUUUUGUUCGAUUUCCGCGAACGAAUUCUAAGUGCCUUGAAAGAACACAAUUGUGCAGUUUAGUUGUGAAAGUGAAAGACUUAAUUUUAGAAUGCCGUCCAAUAAUAGAAAAGAAGAGAGAAGAGGAUUCUUACCAAGCAUUGUGUUGCGCAUUUUCUGAGGAGAGUCCAGUUCCUUCUAGUAAUUUGGAUGUUCUCAAAUUACUAUUCAAUGUCAAGUGUCAUGACAAAAAGAAGCUCAUAUAUGAUGGCCUGACAAGAAAAAUGGUAGGAUUACAGUCCUUGAACAAUAAGGGUUUGCUAUUGUUAAUAUCACCAAAUCUUGACAUUGAAACUCAUAUGCUUAGGCUACUUGGUGACAUUGAGUGGAAACUUAAACUACGUACACUUUGGAUUCCAAUAUUAGAUUGUCCUACAUCAUGGACAACUAAUAAAAAUAUGAAAGAGCAGUUUAGAGGUUUAGUAAAUAAAGAAAAUUUAGUUUCAAUGAGAAAUCCAGAAAAAUCAGUAUCCCUAGGAUUAGCAAGAUUUGUUAAAGAGAAAGUGUCCCCAACAUUUCAUAUUGGAGGUGAGCCUAUCAUUAUCUCACUGGAUCAUCAUGGAAGGAUUACUCACCACAAUGCAAUGCAUUUGAUAUGGAUAAGACUUGGUGUUGUAUUUACGGAGUAUACUACAGAUACAAGUGCCAAUGAAGAUUGCAUAGUUCCUUUAUUAGAAAGUGUGCUCAAGAAAAGGACUUUGGAUGUUAGGGAUUUUGUGCCUGAUAUUGAUAGAGAGAUAAGUGAUUUUGCAGGUGAAAUGAAUAGCAAGAUGAAUGAUUGGUUACAUGGCAUUAUUAUUCGCGUAACUGAUCCGAUUUACAGCAAUAUUUACACGUUUGAAAGGGAAAAUAAUCAAUGGAAGGAAGCAACUUGGUGCACUAAACUUCUGAUAUUCAGGCAUGAUGAACUGAUAAAUAAAUCGGUUGAUGAUAACAAGUACAUUUUUUUGAUGGGAGGGAAUGACAUAAAAUGGGUUAAAGAAUUCCAAUCAAAGGUGUUGUGUGUUAAUCCACAAUUAGCACUUGCGAUGUUCUACAUGGGUACCAACAUUAAAGUAUUAUUAACAGUUGUUCGAGAUCGUAUUUGUGACGGAUGUCUUCGUCCCUCACAUGCAAAACCUUUUUGGACACGACUGCAAAGUAUAUUCUUGUCAAGAAUUCAAUUCUUAAACGAUGAGAAGAGUGACGAAAUUGUGGAAGGAUUAAAAAAAUUGUUAGCUUUUGAGGCUAAAGGAUCAACAAUUGGAGAAUGGGUUUUGUUAGCCAAAGGGAACAAAAUAAUUUUAUGUGACUUAGGGGACAAAAUGUUGAGAGUCAUGAAUGAAUAUGAAAAAUGGAAGGACAACGCCAUUGCCAAAGGGUUUGACCAGGCGUUCAAAGAUCAUCAUGAGAUGCUUGCUUCAACUUCUACUUCACAUCACCACCGUUAUUGUGCUCUGAAAUACCCAUCCAAUUUUAACAAAAUUCCUGAGAAUGUGGAGUGUCCCCAAUGCUGUUACAAUAUGAACAAAUUUGUCACUUUUACAUGCUGCCAUGGCCAUUAGCAUUUAUUUUCGAUGAUGUUGGCGAUACAAAUUAGUAAACUAAUAGUGACACAUUAUAUAUUAUGCAGUUUUUACAUAUGUAUUGAUGGUUAAACUUUUGCACCCAAUUUUAUUUCUCACAAUUUGUUACUUGCAAUUGAGAGACAAUUGUUUAUUGUUUUCAUCCAAUUAAAUUUGUUU